AUGCAUCGCGACCAGGGGAGAAAUACCUAUGUGUCGAUCGAAUCCCAGUCGGAAGACUACGAGCCUCGCCCGGCCGAGCUGGAGACUCAGACCCCGCAGACCUGCUCGAGCAGGAUGACCCACUUCUUCCAAGCUGCCCUGUGGUGCUUGGCAGGAGGCACUCUGGUCGGCUUUGCGGUAUCUGUCUUGUGGUGGGAGCCCGUCUGCCAGCCUCCGCCCGCAAAGAGCUCGACGGUCGCCCCUCCGCAACAACACUCCCUCCCUAUGCACAACUACACCCGCUCGAGAGUCUACUCUUCCACACGACCCCUCCGCCAACCCCAGGAGGAAUGCAACCCGUUCCUCGAGAAAGGCUUCCUCCACUACAACCCCGCCGACCCCGGCGAUAACACCUGGAGACCUUACUCCCCCGAUUGCAAGCCUUCCAACCUGUUCGAGAGGCUGAAACUCGACCUCCAUUCCAAGCAGGAGAGUUUUGGCGAGAGUGCCCAAGACGAGUUCGCAUGGCUGAGGAACAGGACGGUGGUCCUGAUUGGCGACUCGAUCGACAGAUGGCACAACGUCGAUUUCUGCAACGUGUUAUCAUGGGAGCCGGGAUCGACGGAGAAGGAGCCGCUGAUCUCGGCCAACCGGCCAACACGGACCUACUACGUCGGGGCCGACUCGCCCCUGUCUCCCCCGCCUUGGCACUUCCAUCCCGAGGACCCGCUCAAGCCUCCAGAGGACUGGCCCACCCACGAGCACGAGCUCUUCGCUUUCCAGACGCCUAUCUGGGACGCCGGCAAAAUUAACGCUAAUACCACAAGACCCCGCGUCUGCGAAAUCCCCAAGUACGGCUUCAAGCUCGUCAGUCUCUUCAACUGGGGCUUGGACCCCAAGGAGGGCGGACGACUAUACGCUAACAUCUCAGGCUACUUUCCGCCUGCCGAAUAUACCAGCCGAAUCGAGCACAUUUUGAAGCCGAUCCUGGGGAGCCUAGCGGCCGAGUCGAACAACACGCUAGUCACGAAGCCGGACCUAAUCGAGAUGUCAUCGGGCUUCUGGGACCUUCGCCAGUGGGCAGAGGAGGACCAGAAGAUAGCGGAGGCGCGAGUGGGGAGGAAGAUCGAGUAUCCGAGCGAGUAUGGGAUCGGCUUCAGCGACCUGGACCAGGAGCGGCUGGCGUGGUGGACGGAGCGGCAGAAGAGGGCCAUCCGCUUCGUCUCCGCCGCCUUUCCCCAGCCCCAGACGCCCAUCCUCUGGCGCAGCUUGCACCACACCCAGCCCCAUCAUUGGGUCGGCUUCGAUCGCGUCAACCAGAUCGAUCAGCUGGCCAGGUAUAACAUCGAGAGACUCAAGCGCGAAGACUCCUCCCUCGAGCCCCGGCUGCGCAUCGACGAAUGGGGCGCCCUCAUGCUUGGCCAAGAACACCAUUUCCGCGAUGUGAUGCACGUGCGCGAGCUGCCGGGCGGAGUCUUAUGGGGAGACGUGAUGCUUUGGGAACUGCGGAGGGCUGUCAAGAAGCGCGGGUUCACGUACUACGACUCCGCUUGA